AUUUGUUUUUGAAAAUAUCACAAAGAAUCCUAUUGCGAAUAGAAAGCAGCACUAAUUCCAUCCAUUGUGAAUACCCUGUUUGAGUGCAAAGUGUUGUUUGCGCUGGGGAUUCGCCGAUAUUUAAAAUUAUAUUUUGGGGAUUAGUUGAGUGAAAUAUAUUUAGUUUUAUGAAAUAAAAAUUCAACUGGCAAUGGAUAAAAGUGAUGACGAGAAAAAAACUAAACAAAAUGAGAAAUCUGAUGAGAAAAGCGAAAAAUCAUCGAAGGAGGCUGCCCCGAGUGCCGUCAAAAAGAAAAAGCGAAAAAACCAACCGCAGGAUGAGAAGAAGAUAAACAAGAAAAAAGUAAAAAGGGAGGAAGGGGCUCCAAAGCUACCCUUGACUGGAUACGUACGUUACAUGAACAAGCGCCGGGACGAACUCAAGUUGGAGUUUCCUGACAAAACCGCGAUUGAUCACACGAGAAUCAUCGCUGAAGAAUGGAAUGGAAUGUCUGACGAGCUGAAGAAACCCUUCCUGCAGGCGGCCGAAGUCGACAAGGAACGCUACAACAAAGAAAUCAACGAAUUUAAUCGCUCUAAAUCCGAGCGCCAGAAAGUCGAAGAUUCCCGCGAAUGCACCCCGCAGUCCACGGGCUCACGUAACUCAAACGCAAGCCACGACAAAAGUUCUGUUCAGAUGAACGGCAACAAAGAUACGAAUUUGAUCUCAUCUACUCCAAUGUCGGUGAUUCCGAAACAAUUUCGGCGUAACGGCGAUCAAGGCAUUCCAAUUUUCACGGACGAGUUCCUCGAACAUAACAAAUCGGUUGACUUGGAACUGCGGGUCCUGCGCAAAUCCAACGUCGAUUAUGAACAGCAGAACUCGGUUCUGGAGAAACACAUUGAAAACAUGCGAUUUGGCGUUGAGAAGAUGAACUCUGAGAACGCUGAAUUGCAGGAGAAGAACAAAAUCCUCGAAUUGUAUCUUAAGAAGCUGAAGCACAAGCUGAUUCAGUCUUUGGGAUCGUUGUCGCUUCCCAACGAGCCCCAGGGCGCCACUGCCGAUAAUUUCGAGAAAUACAUGGCGGAGUUGUAUUCAAUGGCGACGUCCAACUCGCAUGGACCGGCUUGUCUUAAUAAGGCGAAGGAUAUUGUUAGGAAGUUGGACGUGCAGGUUCAAUUGUAAGACUUGGAAACAUAAGACUAUGCUAAUAAAAUUAUUAAACAUUUUUAUA